UCAAUGUAAGCAGAUUUUUUUUCAGAGACCAAACAACCCAUUGUCCGAUCAACACCGAUCUACUUCUCCAGACAUGUUCUCACACGUGUCUCUUUCGAAGUCCGAUUCGACUUUUCUUCGACUCUAGUCUCCUGUUAUGUUCUUCUCCAUUAGUAGAACUUAGGUGAAUCGAGUGAGUGAGAGAGAUGAAGGGGGAAGGUAAAGUGUUCUUGAAGUCGCGUAUGAAAUGGAUUGGUCUUCUCGGUCUUGUCUUGUCUGCUCUCUCUCUCAUCGUCCAUUUUCUUCUCGCCGGAUUCACCGACGACUCCAUCUCCGAUUACUCAAUCCCUGUCACUAUCUUCUCCUGGAGACCCGUCUUCGACAAUCCCAGAUUCGCCCGACAUACUCCAUUGUACAGAAGACUCUGGGGUCCAACAAGGCAUGUGGCGCCAUUACUUCCCGAUGCUAAUCCUAGAGGCUACCAUUCAGAUCCUCCGGCAAGGACAAACGGUUUUGUUUUCGUUAGAAUACAAGGUGGUUUCCAUGAGAUUAGAAAUUCGAUUCCUGACGUUGUAGCCGUUUCUCGACUUCUUAACGCCACUCUAGUUAUUCCUGAGAUCCAAUCAACAACCAGCAGCAAAGGGAUUAGCUCACAAUUUAAGAGCUUUGCAUAUUUGUACAAUGAAGAGCACUUCAUGGCUUCAAUUGCAAAUGACGUUAGAGUUGUUAAAACUCUUCCUAAGAACCUCAAAUGGGCUAGAAGAAAGAAACAAAUUCCUUCCUUUAAAGUCUCUUACGGAUCCUCGCCUUACUACUACUUACACCAUGUUCUGCCUGUUCUCAUUAAGCACUCAGUCGUUGAACUAGUUGUCCCUAACGGUGGAUGCUUACAAGCCAUACUUCCAAGCGAUCUUGAAGAAUAUCAAAGGCUACGGUGUAGGGUUGCGUUCCAUGCCUUACAAUUUAGGAAAGAGGUUCAAGAACUUUCCACUAAAAUAUUGCAAAGGAUGAGACCUUUGGGACGACCUUUCAUAGCCUAUGAUCCAGGGAUGACAAGAGAAGCCUUGGCCUAUCAUGGUUGUGCUGAACUGUUCCAGGAUGUUCAUACUGAGUUGAUUCAACAUAAACGAGCUUGGAUGAUAAAACGUGGGAUUGUCAAAGGGAAGCUCUCUGUAGACUCAGCCGAGCAACGCCUCGCGGGCUUAUGUCCUCUGAUGCCAGAAGAAGUUGGUAUUCUUCUACGAGCUUACGGAUACUCAUGGGACACAAUCAUAUAUGUUGCCGGGGGAGAAGUCUUUGGCGGGCAGAGAACGCUUAUUCCAUUACACGGCAUGUUUGAGAAUGUAGUUGACCGGACUUCUCUCAGUACUGGAUGGGAGCUCGCUAAAAUGUAUGGGCGUGAGGCGAAACAUAAAGAUAUCAAACCAAAGACACCUCCUUCUAUCCAGGAAGAAACGAAACAUGAUUCAUUGAAGAGCACAAGACAAAGGCCUCAACCGCUUCCGCCUCCACCGGCUAGGCCUAAGUACUACAACGUUGAAGGUUGGUGGGGUUGGGUGGCUGAGAGUGACAAUGAGCCAGAGAACACGGUUAUUGAGCUGAGAACUAAUGCUCACAAGUUGUUGUGGGAAGCGAUUGAUUACGUUGUGAGCGUUGAAGCUGAUGUGUUUAUCCCUGGAUUUGAUCGUGACGGUAAAGGACAUCCGAGUUUCGCUAGUUUGGUGAUGGGCCACCGGCUUUAUCAGUCUGCUUCUGCAAAGACAUUUAGACCAGACAGGAAACAAAUUGCAAUGGUUUUGGAAGAGAUCCGAGACCACAUGUACGAGGCGAAUCACACUUGGAUAACAUCGGUUAGGAAGCUUCUCAAGAGAAGUAUACUUGAGGGUCUAAUAGAAUCUUCCAAGAGAUCAAAAGCCUUUAGCUUUCUUUCGCAUCCUGUACCCGAGUGUUCUUGCAUUAGACGGGACCAUCCAGUUUCAAACGCAUCACUGAUCAAAGCAGAUCUCGGGGUGACAUACCGUUGUCCGCAAGGAAUGGAUGGGGUUGUUAUUGAGAGAUCAAAGGAUUAUAAGAACGCAGAGAAAGAAGAGGAUCUUGAUGAAGAGGACUUGUCGUCUUCAGGAUUGUUCUUUGGUCACAAGGGAAGUGGAGGGAACAGUAAUGGUAACAAUGAGACUGUAAAUUCUGAAGCUAACAACAAGGAGGAAGGCCAACUUGAAGAUCAAGAAGAGCUUGAAGGCAGCGAAAGAUAAGCUCUAAAAACAUAAUCAGUUUUUGAGUGAAGAUGCAUUAGCUUAUAUAGACAGCGAGCAAGUCGCCAGGUACCAAAGUAGAUCUAACUAGGAAGCUCACUUCUUGGGGUUGCGGUAUUUUCAUCUGUUCUCAUUAUUAGUUUGUAGCUUGCUCGUUGUGUUAGGUUGUGUAUUAGGGCAGAUUUCUUACGCGCAUGGGCAAAGGAAAAAAUUUCGUUGGGCCUUCUAUGGGCAUUUUGGACUAUUCAUAUUCGUUUUUUGAUUAAUAUCAUUAAGAAGUCGGGUGUA